AUGCAGCCAUUUAAUCGUGCGGUCAAACGGAUGAGAUCCGAUAAAAACUCGCUCGAUGAAUCAGGUACAAAGCAUAAGCGCCGAUUUAGUACAAGAAGAAUACCGACAGACAACUUGACAAAUAAUGUAGUUUCGUUCGGGGUGGCGAAAUCCAAAAAAGCGGUUUCGGUAUUGGAGCUCAAGAGAGCAAGAACCAAUCUUUUGGAAAACCAGAAUACAAUCACAACAGGCAUUUCUAGCAGUCCACAACCUUCCAGUCCGUUUGGGUCGAGCCAACAGUCUACGAACGAUAAUUGGCCAAUUUCCAGCGAUGAUAAGGGUGCAAUACCGUCAGACAUACAAACACCACAUAGAGGAGAUGCAGGUGUAAAUGGGAUGGGUCGAAAAUCCUCGGCUAACCGCUCGGUAUCCAAUCAGCAUCACCCAUCUUCUGAUGACAACAUAUUUUGGGCCAUAACUCCGGAUUUAAAGCACCAAAAGGACAAUCAAAGUGAUACAGAGGAUCCAUUGGAGAGCCCCACUAAUAGAGGUGCACUAUCUUCAUCACCACUACGUAUUAAAGGCACGCAUAGUGCGUCUAAUGUUGACAGCAUUGCACAGAUUUUGGAUCCAGACUUGAAACGAAUGAUUGAUAAGUAUAAUAGAGGACCAUCUGACUCACGCAGAACAAAGCUUCCAAAGCUUAUGAUAACACCCUCGUUUCUUCGAUCAAGUUCCGAUCCCAGGUCUCUAGGUAAGAGGAGAACACUGAGGAAUGUUCCCGGGCAGCUUGGGCCUAUAAUUGCAAGAAAAAGUACACUUAGUGAGAGUUUCGAGCAGAGUUUGCACAGUCGAAAACUUUACCAAGCACACAAACAGGAUGGAGAUGAGUCUCCUGCUGCAGGCAAGGAUGUUUCGCAGCUGUUAAUCGAAAUAGGGAGUAAGUUGUCAAAGGAGAGGGGAGUUGUAAGCGGGGAAGAGAAGCUGCCAAGUGGAAAUGUAACUGAGCAAAAUUCGCAACCAGAAAACGACAAGCAUCCAGAAACAGACUCUGGAGAUGAGUUUUCAGAUGAUGAUGUGGACAUGUUGGAGAUAGAUGAGCUUGCUAAUGAGGCUAGAAGAGAGAGAAUGAGUCAGAUAGGAAGUACUGAGAAGGAAGAGAAGAAUGGAAAGCAGACUGGCAAUAUUUCUUCAGAUGACAGCUUUACGGAUGAUGGUGAUGAAGUUCUUAGUUUGUAUGAGGGAUCUUCCAAGAGAGAGCAGGAAAGUACAGAUAUAAAAGGUGGAAAUGGCAAUAAAUAUGAUGAGACUGACAUCAGCAAGGCUAAAAAGGAUCAAAUUUACAUUGCUAAUGCUCCGAGUGCCAGUAAAACUAUAACUCCCAGCAGGCAAAGCAAACAAACAAUUAGCAUAGACACCAGAACAGAGUCUGAGAAAGAGAUUAGCCCAGCGCCAAUCUCCAAAUCUACAUCAUUCAAAGACAUGAAAGUGGAUCCAGAAACACAGUAUGUGACGGAUGUGAAAGCCACAAAUGGUGCUAAAGCAUGUAUCUUGAAGAAAGACUGUCACAGGUUUCAGAUCAAGAAAAUCAUCAAAAGCCAUUUCAAAGGAAAACAGGAGCAACUCAUACUGAGAUGUCUUUCGCAAGAUGACAGCAUGCAGAACAUUGUGGUUCGAGACCUGUGGGCAGAGCUAGAGUUCAAGGAAAACGAUAUCAUCAAUAUAGUUGCCGAGAAUACAGAUGGCAACUCGCAUCUUGUGGAUAAAACGCACAACUUGUUGAUCUGGAACCCGGACACGCUUCUUUCGGCAACGAUGGUUUCGCAGUCGAUAAACUGCCCGAGAGUGGCAGUCAUCAACAACAAAUUUCAAGGCCCGGGUGAGUUUGUGAUCCCAAUGCUUGUGGGAAACAUUGUUCACCGUCUUUUUCAGCAGUGUCUCAUUGAGCGGAACAUAGACACCAAGUUCAUGCUGGAUAUUGUUGAAGAGGAGCUUGAUGCGAAUCUGCUGCCCAUCAUGAGUGCCCAGUCAGACAGGGCCAGCGUGAAAAAGAUGCUUGUUGAGCACAUGGCACACAUAAAGACGUGGAUGAAGACUUAUGUGCCAAAAGAGGAGCUUCAUGGGAUGGUUGGCUCUGGUGAGACGACCUCGUUUUCUGAUACAGUGUAUCCAUCGAAGACUUCCAUUCCUUAUAAGGUGACCAACGUGUUAGACGUUGAGGAGAAUAUCAUGUCGCCCAUGUUCGGCAUAAGGGGUCUUAUCGAUGUGGUCAUUGAGGCUAUGCUCACAAAUCAGCACAGCAAGUUUGUUGUACCGAUGGAGAUCAAAACCGGGCGGGAAUACAUCACGAACAGGGCCCAGGCCUCGUUGUACACCUUAUUGAUUCGUGACAGGUACGACUUGCACACCGAUUUGCUCUCCUUGGUGUACACGAAGACGGUAUCGUCAUAUUUCGAGGCUUUGAAGAAGAAUGACCUCCGCAUGCUUGUCAACAUUCGCAAUAAGCUUUCCCAGUACAUGGUGGCUGGCAUGGCCACACUUCCACCAAUCAAAAAGGCGGCCAGCUGUGAGCGGUGCCCUGUUCUUGCAGAGUGUGCUGCUGUAAACAGCCUUGCAGAGGACGGCAGUGCAGCAGAUUUCGGCAUAGAUGAGGCCACGUACAACAGUUUGACCGAAUUCUGCGUCGAUCCGCACUACAAGAAAUUCUACCGGCACUGGAACGAGACUUUGACCAAGGAGGAGGCUCUUCUGGACAGCUUUAAGAAGCACUUGUGGUGUCUUUCGUCCAAGGAGAGGGAGGAAAAUGGCGGAAAAGCGGUGGGGAAUCUCCGUGUUGUUGGAGCAACCGAGUCUCUGCAGGCAUCAAAAAGGUACAUGUACUGGUUCACUCGUGAUAAAGCCGCAAACCCAAGCAUGAUGCUUUCGCAGCUUUCCAGACACGACCGGAUCAUCGUGAGCGAUGAACAGGGCAAGUACGGGUUGUCGUUUGGGUUUGUGGAGAACAUCAGGGAGGACUCAAUCAUCAUAAGUACGGACCGCAAGUGGAUCAACUCGAGUGUGCGGAUGAAGGAGUUCAACGAGAGCGGGAACCAGGUGUUCCAGACUGUUCUAGAGUCGUCAUACUCAACGCAGAGGAGGAAAAACGGCCGGUUGCAAGAUGGGGUGGACGAGCGCGAGUUUAACCUGCAAAUACCCGAGGUUGUGGCCGGUAAAACGUACAGAAUCGACAAGGAUGAAAUGUUUCAUGGUAUGGCACUGGCACGGUUCAACAUCUUGAAUCUUUUCCUGUCUGUUGGCGACCACAGGCGCCGCGAGAUGGUUGUUGAUCUGAAAACUCCACAUUUCACAAGACAACCAAUUGUGGACGUGAAAAUGGACACUUCUGAUUUUAACGCCGACCAGAAAGCUGCCUUUGACAAGGUGUUGCGAACGCAGGACUACUGCCUAAUUCUUGGCAUGCCUGGUACAGGGAAGACGACGGUAAUUGCGAAAAUCAUCGUGGCGUUGGCUGAAGCCGGCAAGUCAGUUCUCAUCGCCUCGUAUACGCACUCAGCGGUGGAUAAUAUCGUUGAAAAAGUACUGGAGAUCACAGACAAGCCGUCUGUUCUCAGAGUUGGCUCUCCCUCACGCAUAAGUGACAAAGUCCGCAAGUACUCGCUUUACUCUGAGGACAGCAUCUACAAGAUCAAGACCCAGGACGAUUUCGACGAUGCCAUCAUGAACACCCAGAUUGUGGCUACCACGUGUCUUGGAAUCGGCGAUCUGGUGUUUGUCCACAGGCGGGACUUCGACUACUGCAUAGUGGAUGAGGCCUCACAGGUGUCAAUGCCGGUUUGCUUGGGUCCUCUGGCACUGGCGGACAAAUUUGUGCUUGUCGGAGACCACUACCAGCUUCCACCUCUAAUAUUGAGUGCUGAGGCACGGGCUGGAGGCCUUGAUAAGUCGCUUUUUAGGCGUUUAAGUGAGGCCCACCCUGAGAGUGUCGUCCAGCUUUCCUACCAGUACAGAAUGUGCUCCGACAUCAUGGCUGUGUCCAACACCUUGAUAUAUGAGGGCCGUCUUAAGUGUGGUGAUGACAAGGUUGCAAUGCAGACGCUUGAUGUUCCGUUUCCCGACCGUGUUGUGCAGAAAUUCGGCAUUUUGCCCCCCGAAAAGAGGUGGAUGGCCCAGGUUCUGAAGCCAGAGACCAAAGUGCUGUUCAUCAACCACGAUGAGGUGCCGGCAAGAGAGGUUUGCAAAGGAGACAAGAUCGAGAACCCGACAGAAGCAAAGUUGAUCGUCCAGCUUGUGAAGACGCUCGUUCUGGGUGGUGUGGACCAGAGUUCGAUUGGAAUUAUGUCUUUUUACAAGGCCCAGCUCCGGUUUUUCUACCGGUCUUUUGGCUCCAUGUUUCCCGACCUCGAUAUACUAACUGCGGACCGGUUUCAGGGUAGGGAUAAGGAGUGCAUCAUCAUCUCCUUGGUCCGUUCAAACGAUAACAAUAAUGCGGGAGACUUGCUUCGGGAAUGGAGGAGAGUUAAUGUGGCUAUGACUAGAGCCAAAUCGAAGCUUAUCGUCUUUGGUUCUCGCAAGUUGAUGAGCACCAUCCCCCAGUUUGAGGGCUUUAUCGAGCUCUUUGAUAGCAGAAAUUGGUUUUUGAACCUCCCUCCCUCUGCCGAUAAGAUUUACGGUGGCUUUUUGGACUUCGGUUCACAACAUGGCUCUCCGAAAAAGAUGGGGGCAGACCAUAACGUUAAAAGGUUCAUGCUAUCUUCCAACUCGGCAGUUCUUCGGAAGACAAGCGUACUCAAGGAUGUUCUGGAUCAGGAAGGUGACGAAUGA